AAUAAUAUAAUAUACGGGUCUCCUUUUUUGAUACUGUUCAUUGUAUGAGUCUAUCUUUGUCUGAAUAUUUGCAAACACGUGUUGACCGCUACAAAUCUGACAGCAAAAAAUACAAUUUUAGGUUAUCUAUAUCAAAAAACUAUACUUAUAUAUUAGUUUAUUGUAGAAUGGAUGAAGAUGAUGUUAAUUUAGAAGAUUUGGAGAACUGGCUUUACAGCCAAGUGUAUCAUUCAAAACCAGAAGAGCUGGAACCUAUGGGUGCUCCUCUGAUUAUUGUUAAUUCAGGAAUUCCAACAAAUACAAAUAAUCAAACUAAGAGGAGAUAUUUUAUGGAUACAUCCAACAUAAAUCAUAUACCAUUAAGUUCCACACCAAGACAAGAAGAAAAGCAAGACAGUGUUAUAACCACUAACUCAACUCUUCCAAUAGUUGUUAAUCCUAUUAAUAACAUCAUUCAAUUAAAUCUAAAUUUAUCACCCGAGAAAAGGACUCCAAAGAAAAAGAAAUCAAAGGGGAAAAAAAAGAAAGCAUCAAUUUCUGCCAAAGAAGCUAACAUAGCAAAAAAACAACUACAAAUGAAACAACAACCAAAACACACAAGAUUCAAUGAAAAUGAAGAGGUAAUUUGUAUCUCUGACACUGAAGAAUGUAUUGUUGUGCCUGACACUCAAAAAUCAGAAGUUAAUAUCGUAAUUGAAGCAGAAGAAAGUAAUGAUGAUGUACUGUUCAUUGAACCUGAGCCAGUACCAUUCAUUAAUCUGGAUCCAGAUUCCCCACCUCCACCUGAGCCAGAACCUGAACCAAUACACUCUCCAAGCCAUAAUGAAAACCAAGAAUUGCAAACACCUGAAUCAAAUCAAUCAAACGAUUUUAUCGAUACUACGGCCGCAGAACUAGGACAAUGUAAAUUUAAUUUCAGUUUACACGGCAACGAAUUCAAUGAAGAGGACCAUUUUGUUAGGCCGGCGAAUCCAAACGAUUUGUACGAGACUGAGAGCAGUUGCAGCACAACUGAUUUCAACAAAGAUCUCAAUAGUACUUUGAAAGCUGCCGUUUUUAACGUUGUCGAAUUUCCGAAAGAGGAUUUGUUCGCCGAAAACAAUUUGGAGAGUUUUGGGAAUUACAUAACACCUAAGAGGAAAAAGGCUGUUCAUGCUGAAAAAGGGAAUGAAUCAGAUGAGAAUAAAAUGGAUGAUGACAGAUCUCAGGAUGAAAUUGCUGAGCAGUAUUUGAAUAAUUGUAAAAAUUUACCUGAGUUGUCACCAAUAAUAACUGAAGAAAAAAUUAAAGAAAUAAAAAAGAAAAAAAAGAAGAAAAAGAAUAAACAUUCGGAUAGAGAGGAUGAAGAAACUAGUGCGAUAGAAGAAACUCCUUCAAAACCAAAGAAAAAGAAGAAGAAAAACUAUUCUAAUGAACUAACUGGCGAGGAAACUAUAUCUAGCGAGAAUUUAGAGUCUGAGACCAUAAUGAAAUGCAAGAAGAAAAAAAAGAAGCAUGCAGAACUUGAAGACUCAGAAGUUAUUGAAGAUCAAAUGGAAACCACCUCAAAGUCCAAAAAGAAACGUAAGUCUGAAAUGCUUUUAACAGAUUCCAACCAAGUCAAUAAAGAAUUAGAUUUUAAACCAAAACGAAAGAAGAAACGUUCUACUUCUGACGUAGAAAACGUAACUACUGAAGAAUUGACCCCCGACCUUACCGAAAGUACUGCUGAUAGUGAAAGUGUGUCGCAGGAAAGUGUAGAAUCGGAUGGUAAAAUUAAACGGAAAAAGAAACGUUUGACGUCCGAAAAAUCUGUCGAAGAAUCGGGUGAAGUGGAAUCAGGAUCAAAAUUAGCUCCAGAUCUUUCUGAAAGUAGUGAAACUGUUUCGCAGGACACAUCCGAACCCGAUUUUAAGCCAAAACGCAAAAAGAAAUGUUCGACAUCCGAGAAAUCCGUUGAAGAUGUUAAUCAUAAUGAGAGUGUUUCACUGACUCCAGAUCUUGCUGAAAACAAUGAAGCUGAGAAUCUUUUACUAGAAAGAUCUGAAUCCGAUUAUAAACCAAAGAAGAAAAAGAAACGUUCACUCUCUGAAAAAUCUAACGACGAAACUAAUGAAUAUAAAACACCUGAAGAACCAGUUAUUUCAAGUUUGACACCUGACACUGAUACAAUUCUAUCAGAACCAAUUCACGAGAACUUACAUAAAAAAGGUAAAGAAUCUGACAUACAUAAUUCUCAACCUGCAGAAAAUAAUGAUUCCUUAGAUAUUAAUAAAAUUACUCCAUCAGUUUCUGAAACUAAUAUUACAAAUAAAAAUGAAGAAGUUGUGAAAACAGGCGGAGAAAAUUUCGAAAUAAAAUCGAGAAAGAAACUAAAAUCAGACUCUGAAAAUCAUAUUGAAGAAAGCAGGAACCCAAUUAAUAAAAACUUGUCUGAAACUUUUGAAGAACAAAAUACGAAUGUUAAGUCGAUCGUUGACGAUUUGUCUGGAACAUCACAGUUUAAAAAGAAGAAAGAAUUAAUUGUUGGCGUGUUGAAAACUUGCGAACCAGAUUUCUUAGCAAGAAGUUUGCCUUUAGUUGUUACAAAUGUAGAAAAUAUAGUUAGUGGAACGGAAUCGCCAAAGGAAAACGUCAUACAACAUAAUGUAACAUUAGGCAGUGAAGUCACAACUUUUAUGAAGGAACAACAAAUUGAAGACGUUGAUAAACCUCCUUCUGAAUCAGUUGAAAAACAAUUAUUACCUGAAAAAGAUUCCGACGAACAGCCACCUACUACAAAAGCAACAAACGAAAUGACCGUACAAGAGGACAAAAUCGUGCCUGAAGAAACGUCAACAGAAAAAGAAAAUCAGGAUUUAAAUAAGGGUGGCAAAGCAUUCGUUUUGUCCACGUCAAUUUUACAAUUGGGCGAAUCUGAGUCGGACGUGGAGCUAGUUGAGGAUCCAAGCAUCAGAGAGUUUAUAAUCGUCGAUGAAGAUUCUGAUUCGGAAAGUUCCGACAACGACAUCAAAUGUGUGGAAACUGAUCUCUCAUUGGCGAACUGUUCAUCCACACCUUUCUUUAUCGAUACUGAACCAACACCGCAACUUUUUGAAGAAAAUGAGACAGAUUUGAUAAAUUUUGACGUGGACUCGAUUAGAAGUAACAUGAGCGACGAUCCGAGGCGAUGGAAAAUCGUACCUCAAGACAGAUACAGGCAAAGGUGUGAACGAAGAGGACCCAGGUGUCGCAACUGUAAGGAAUUUGGCCAUGAAACUCAAAGGUGCAAAAACAGAAAAGAGGUGAAAUGUUAUUUAUGUGGGGAAUUAGGUCACAACGAACCAAGGUGUCCACGCAAAUUAUGCACACAAUGUGGAAAUGCGGGAUCCUACUCAACGCCAAUGUGUUGGAAGUGUGUUAAAUUUAGGAACGUACAGUGUGACUUGUGCAAAAUGUACGGUCAUAUUAAAUCUAGUUGUCCUGAUCUUUGGAGAAGAUACUAUUUAACGACAGAGGAGGGUUCAGUUGUAAAACCGGACAGUCCACGUUUGAAACCAAAGGAUCAGUUGUGGUGUUGCGGUUGUGGUAAUUCAGGUCAUCUAGAACAAAACUGCUUGUAUUAUCUGAACAGAGUUUACCCGUGCACCGAUAUCAACAUCCACAGCUACGAAAAUGUUUACAAACCAGAACAGUUGCCUCCGCCACCAGAACAGGACGCUGGUCCGGGGACUCCGUCAUUGAGUCGGUCGAUAACUCCUGAAGUCGAAGAACACCAAUCUGCGGAAACUGCAGUUCAACCAGACUGUCGACGACUGGCUCGUCACGAACAGCCGGGAACCAGCUUCGGCUUACGACAACAGAAACUACCUCGUCUUGUACAAAAUGUAAAUCCGGCAGCUAAUACGAGUUACCUGCCGUUGAACGUACAGAAUAAUUUUGUACAACCCCAACCGGGUGACUUAAUUCAACCAAACUACCAGUCACUGCCGCUUAAUUUGAUCGUUCAAAUCAGCAAAGAUUACGCGUCUGGAAAUCAAUUUCCAAUAUUCGGCAAUCAGUUUGGAAUGCAACAGAUUCCCCCCUUGUUUAAUGUUGGAAAUCAAUUUAACACCACUCCUCUUCCGUUAAUUCAGAAUGAUCCUUUGAAUAUUAACAGUUUUAAUGAAAAACCACUUUCUAAUAAAAUCAAAAAGAACAUGAUAAAAGCAAAAUUUUUCAGAUACUUGAAUCAAAAUACAUUAAAAUUGGCCCAAGUUCACUUACAAUCUAAAUUUAUUGAAGUUGAGAAAUUAGCAGAUCUUGUAAAAUCGUUUCACGAGGAAGAGUACAUAAACAGACAGUUACACAUGUUGAAAACUGUAAGGUCAGGUGGUGUUCAAUAUAGUAAUUUAAAUUUGUACUUGUAUGGUGUGCGUCAAAUAAAAGACGCACCACGCCACCACCAACGAUUAAGAGAUUUUUUAAAUUCAGGCCCUAACAGAGUUUUAUCAGACACAGAAAAAACCUGUUUAUGGACUUCAUACAUUUACAUUUUUAAUAAAGGUAAAAUUGGCGGUAAUUCAGCGUAUGCUACCGCACUUAAAAACAUCAAAAAGUCUCUAGUAAAAACAUAGUUGUACAUUUCAUGUAUAUUUUGAAAUAAAUUAAUUAUUUUUUAAA